AUGCUAUUUAAAGUAACAAAAACUUUUAUAUAAUUAGGAUGGUGAUUUAACAAAACCUUACAAAUAUUUACCAAUAAACUUUGAAUAUAAGUUUUAUGUUUUAAGAACUCCACCUUUAUUAGUAAACCCGUCACUUUCUGAAAAUAAAGGGGAGAAUGUUAUAUCUCUGGGAGAAAUACUUGCUAUAAGAUUUAUUAGGGAAAAUGUUGAGAAAUGGAGUGAAUUUAGAGGAUCAGUGAGUGAUUUGGAGUAAUUGAGACAGUUUUUAGGAAAGAAAAUGAAUUAGACAGGAUUUCAUUAGUAUUUUAAGGUGUACAAGAAAAUAGGGAAGGGAAGCUUUGCAUCAGUGUAUUUAGCAUAGAGAAUAGAAGAUGGAACAAGAAUGGCUGUUAAGGCUUUCUGUAAGAAUGCAGUUUAUAAGGAAGAGAAUGGAAAGGUAAGUAUGAAAAUAAACAAGUUAGGAUGGGUUAAUUAAUGAAAUUCAAAUAAUGAGAAUUCUUGAUCAUCCAAAUUUAAUGAAGCUCUAUGAAGUUUAUGAAACCUAAAAUUCUAUUUAUAUGUGUUUGGAAUUAUUAGAAGGAGAUCAAUUAUAUGGAUUAUUCAAAAUGAAAAGAUCAUUUAGUGCUCAACAAAUACAUUCAAUUAUGAAAGGAUUAUUAGAAGGAUUGAAUUAUAUUCACAGUAUGGGAAUAAUGCAUAGAGAUCUUAAAUUAGAAAAUAUCUUAUUCAAAGAGCCAGAGUAAGAUAAUGUUAAUAUAGAUUAGUAAUUACGAUUCUGUUGUUAUAGCUGAUUUUGGAUUAGCAACUAAUGUUGAUUAAAAACCAUUUCUAUAUACAAAGUGUGGAACUCCUGGAUUUGUUGCUCCGGAAGUUAUAAAUUUAAAGGAUGACUAAUUAUUUUAUGGUUCUGUUUGUGAUAUGUACUCGUUAGGAGUGAUCUUAUAUAUUUUAAUAACAGGACAACCAGUAUUCAAGGGAAAGAGUUAUAAUACUAUUGUAAGGAGGAAUCGAGAAGCCAUUGUGGAUUUUCAAACAGAAAAACUUAAUUAAGUGUCAGAUAAUUAAAGAAGCUUAUUGAUUAAGAUGCUUUAAGCAGAUCCAGAAUAAAGAAUUACUUCUAAAUAGGCAUUAAAACAUGAAUACUUUUGUGCUUUUUAUGAAGAAGAGUUUGCUUAGAUGUAUACUGAUGAUGAUCCACAUUUGGGUGAAAUGCUUAUAAAAUUGAAUGCAGAAUAUAUUAGAUUGGAUAUGGAAAGAUUGAAAAGAUCUAAUGAUGAAAAUGAUAUUUGCAAGACAGAGGAUUUGAAAGUUGAUUAGAGUUAAGAAAAGAAUGAUCUACUUAAAAUAAUCAUGAGAACCCCAGUCAUUACUGGAAGAACUAGAUCUAUUGAGAGUAUUUUUCUAUCUCUAUUUUAGAUUCUCCCUUUAAUGGAUUUUAAUCCCCUAAUCAAAACACUCACAUUCAUCAUAUCUAAUAAAUUUAAGCUAAGUGGAUUAAUCCUUUAGUUUUAUAACCUUGA